AUGAAUGCAGCUGUGCAAAAAAUCAAAGUACGAAUUCAGACUGUUCAGAGCCAACAAAAAAGUUAUGCAGACACAUAUCGUCGGGGCUUAGAGUUCGCCGUUGGAGAUCACGUUUUCCUAAAAGUUGCGCCCAUGACAGGGGUGAUGAGGUUUGGGACGAAGGGCAAGUUGAGUCCAAGAUUUAUCAGUCCUUUCGACUUCCUGGAGAGAGUCGAGCGUGUAGCGUAUAGACUAGCCUUGCCACCUGCUCUAGCCACCAUACACAACUUGUUCCACAUGUCUAUGUUGCGUAAAUACACCCCAAAUCCUUCCUAUGUGAUAGAGUAUGCAAACCUUCCUUUGCAAAGGGACUUACGUUACAAGGAGGAGCCCAUCGGGAUUUUACUUAGAAACAGAAGCUUAGAAACAAGGAGAUUUUACUCGUCAAAGUGGUGUGGAAAAAUCAUCGCGUCGAAGAAGCAACCUGGGAGUUAG